AAGCAAACCAACAACAGUGCCGAAAUCCAGGCCGCCACCGAGGCCGUCCGUGUGGCCAAGGCCUCGGAUGUGAAGCAAUUAUGCAUCAAUACGGACUCGCAAUUUCUUAUUAACUGCAUCACGCUGUGGAUCAAGAAUUGGAAGAAAAAAGGUUGGAUGACCGCGAGCAAUCAACCGGUGAAGAAUAAAGAAGAUCUCAUGCUUCUGGACGAGGAGUUGUCGGAUCCCUCCAUCCAAGUCACCUGGAAUCACGUCCGUGGGCAUGCUGGCAUCGAAGGCAACGAAAUGGCCGAUGCUUUGGCUCGUGCAGAGGUUUGUGAAUAGAGUUGUUGUAAUGUC